AGGCGAGUCGGUGGAAAAUGACUGGAGGGAGGCUGUUAUCUGAUGCUAAUUUAACACUUUAUCGCCAUGAAUUGUGUUUCAUUUUGAGUAAAGUCGUGUUGUUAUCUUUUUUAAACGUGUACCGAGCAGUAGUCCGUGAUAUGUGCUGACCGUUGAGGCUUUUAGAGACGGUUAAAGCGGUGAAAUCAGCGGCGGAGCGGAGCCUCCCACACGGACAGGAUGCCUCGGGACAACAAGACCCCUCUGAUCCAGAAGAUCGCCAAGCAGGCCUACAUCACCUACAAAGGCUUUAAGAGUGAAUCUAACGGGGAUAACAACCUGUUACCGGACAGACACUCGGAACUCCUCUCUUUAGUCACCGCCAUCAGAGCCGCCGACCUCAAAAUCCCACCACGGAAAGCCAAAGCGAGCCCCGGGGCAUCGGGGCCCCACAACCCCCCGGUCACCUACAUGCACAUCUGUGAGACGGAGGUGUUCAGCAUGGGCGUGUUCCUGCUCCGGACCGGGGCCUCCAUCCCGCUGCACGACCACCCGGGCAUGAACGGGAUGCUCAAGGUGCUAUAUGGGAAGGUGAGCGUCCGUUGCUUCGAUAAGCUGGAGGAUCCCCCGUCGGUCAGCCUGCCUCAGUUUGACCCUCCCCUUGCUCCUCCACAGGCGGCCUCCGUGCGGCGCUCCGUCCUGCGCUCGGUGGCUGAGUACUCGGAGGGCAGCGGGCCGUGCCUCCUCACUCCUCUGAGGCAUAACCUCCAUCAGAUCGACGCCGUGGACGGGCCCACCGCCUUCCUCGACAUCCUUGCUCCUCCAUAUGACCCAGAUGACGGGCGGGACUGUCACUACUACAGAGUCCUGCACGCGGAAGGGGAGGGGGAGGCAGGCGGGGCGCUCUGA